CUGUUUACAACUACGCAUGUGCAAAAUCAAAAAUAUCAAUCACAAUCGCGUGGGCCGCCAUUUUGAUAAGGUGCUUUGUGUUUUAGUGGUAAAGUGAAAUUAUUGUAAUGAUUAAUGUAUUUGAUAAUACUUAAUCCUUUACAAUGAAUUCUUCUGUUUAUUAAGGAUAAAUGGAUGAUCACAAUGUGGUUACGUAGCGAGAAACGAAACAGGGCUUUUCAUAAAUUUUCUUUACCCCUAAAUAAAUCCAGAAAAACGGUUAGGAAAACUGGCUGGGUUCCCAAAUCAAGAACCGUCUCAUUGUACAAAAGUUGCAUUAAAACUACAAAAAAGAAAUCUGUAAAAGGCAAUGAAACUCAAAAAACCAAAGUUUCAGACGAAUGCAAGGAAAACUAUCAAUCCCAAGUAGUCCCAGAGCUAUAUGAAGAAGGAAGUAAACUGGAAACAUUAAAUAAUGUUUCUACUCCCAGUGUUAAUGAGCUUUCCGUACCUCCUAGGUGUUAUGAAUAUUACAACAGCUCCAGUUCCGGUACUAGUUCUUAUGAAUCCCAGUCUGAAAUGAUUAACUCAGACCUUCCUAAAGAGAUUGAAUACUCAACCAUCGAAUUGAAUACAAUAGAAAACAUGAAUUAUGCCGAAAAAAUGCAAUUUCACAUUACUGAUAAAAAAUCUUGUGAAUAUCAAAAGGAUAAAUAUCCAUACAAUAUGUUUGCAGAAAAGAUUUGCCAAAGCAUGUAUUAUGAAUAUCCUACUAUGAAGAAUGAGUACCCUGAAUUGCAAAUAGACAUCAAUGAUCUUAACAAUGUUAAUACGCAAGAAUUCACUAAUUUGUUAGAUGAAGAAAUGGCAAAAGAGGAAAACAUCCAAAAUGUCUAUGACUAUACAACCCUAUAUUCCUCUAAUAUACCUGAAAAUCACAUGAUUGCAAGUGUACAAGCACCAGAAGUAGAGAGGUUAGACAGGCAACCAGAACAUAUUGAAGUUGAAGACACUUGGGAUGCUUUUGAUCCUUAUCUUUUUAUCAAACAUUUGCCUCCUUUGACCUGUGAAAUGAGAUCCAAAUGUCCAGCUCUACCAUUGAAAACGAGGUCCAGUCCCGAUUUUAGCUUGGUUUUAGACUUAGAUGAAACUUUGGUUCACUGCAGCCUCCAAGAGCUUAAAGAUGCCAGUUUUCAUUUUCCGGUGCUAUUUCAAGAUUGUUCAUAUACAGUAUACGUAAGAACCAGACCUUACUUUAAGGAAUUCAUGGAAAAAGUAUCUCAAAUGUUUGAAGUGAUACUUUUUACAGCAUCAAAACGAGUAUAUGCAGAUAAACUUCUUAAUUUGCUAGAUCCUGAGAGAAAGUGGAUCAAAUACAGGCUUUUUAGAGAACAUUGUGUUUGCGUCAACGGCAACUACAUUAAAGAUCUCUCCAUUCUUGGCCGCGAUCUUUCCAAAACUAUUAUUAUUGAUAAUUCUCCACAAGCCUUUGGUUAUCAUUUAAAUAAUGGUAUUCCUAUUGAAAGUUGGUUUGAAGAUAGAAGCGAUUCGGAACUCAUGAAGUUGUUACCAUUUUUAGAGAGUUUGGUAGCAGUGAAGGAAGAUGUCAGACCGCACAUUCGAAAUAAGUUCAAGCUCUUCAGCUAUCUACCUCCUGAUUAAAGAAAAACUUAAGCAUAGACAAUCCUGUAUGAAAAAAAUUUAUAAAUAUAUAAUACUCUGUACUUUUCUUUAACUUUACGUUAAAGUACUGACUAACUUGAAUGUCAUGUGCCUUUUUUGGAUCAAGACAUAAAUUAUAAAAACUAAGAGUUUCUAAUCAGAGUAUCUAUUAUAUUCUGGAUAGAAAAUGCAUGUAAAAAAAAAUUGUUUAAGAAUGUUUUAGUUUUCGAUCAAUUUUCUAUUCAAUGUAAUUAUAUUUUUUCUUUUUUCAUUUUUAAUUAAUUAGUAAUAUUUUUUCUUUUGAUAUUUUAACUAUGAUGCAGUUGUAGUAACUGUAGAUUGCACUGCUUCACUGCAGUUAUUGAAACACUGGAGUGAAUCUGAUAUGGAUGGAGAGUAAAACAAAACUAUAAAUAUUUCCUUAGUUAAAGACUUCUACCUUGUUCUUUUAAACUAGUUAAAUACAGUUACACCUCUGCUCCAAUAAUACAUGCACUCUGCUCGAUGCAGCUAAACUAGUUGAAGGAUAAAUGAUUCUAAGUACUGGUGUAACAACUGUGCUCAACUUUAGUUGACAAAAAUUGUUGCAUCUAUUAAAAAUAAAUGGAAAACACAAACAGAAUCUUGUAGCAAGCAAGAGUUGGAAAUAGUGUUGGAAUUUAAUUACAAAUUAGCAGGAACUAAUUUUAUGGAGCGUUUGUAAAUAUGGUUAGAAGGUACAAAGAAACAGAUUUUUAUUAUAUUAAACCUGUCAGUAAACAUAUUUUACUAAAAUCGAUAGUAGAUAAAUUUUUGCAAU